AUGAAGGGCAACAGUCGUCACCCUUCGGUGCCACCGCCGCCCUUGGCCCCGCAGUCGCCCACCUCCAAGGCCACGGCAAAAUACACAAACAAAGAUGGGUCCAAGUUCAUUACGGUUCCCAAGGGGUCAACCCCAGCCGACUCGGCCCAGCCGUCCCCGACGAUCACCACCGCUGCGAAUGCUGCUCCCGGUCCACAAUCGGCAUCUACCUCGCAUACACAAGGUCAUGGGUUAGGUCAGGCGGAGGGACAGGUGCAACCUGUCAAUAAGAAAAAAGCAAAGCGGCGUCAAAAGGCUGCGGCAAAGGCGGCUGCCACGCAAGGCAUAGCUAACCCAGCACCCUCGAAUGGCUUUCCGAGCCCUUCUCCGUCGCACGCGCAGCAAUCUACAGAGGCCGAUCACGACGACAGCCACGAUGAGCAUCUGGAAGAGUUCAAUGAUCGCAGAGAUUCGCGGGCAUCGAAUAUCCACGAGAAUGGCUUUGCGCAAGGGGCGACUACAAGUUCUAAAAAGUCCAAGAAAAAGAAGAAAAAGAGCCAUGCUGGUCAAAAUGCGGCUGAACUGCCAAACAGUCCUCAACAUGACACCUAUGUCCCUGCGCCCCAAUUGUCCCAACAUCCGCGCCCGGGCAUAUCAAAGGAAAAGAUUUGGAACACUAGCUCUCAGGAGGAGAGGGAGCGGAUCAAAGAAUUCUGGCUGGGGUUGAGCGAGACAGAACGCAAGGAGCUGGUUAGGGUCGAGAAGGAUGCUGUGCUCAAGAAGAUGAAGGAGCAGCAGAAGCACACAUGCAGUUGCACUGUGUGUGGGAGGAAGCGGACGGCCAUCGAAGAGGAGCUGGAGGGCCUUUACGAUGCUUACUACGAGGAAUUGGAACAGUACGCAAACCAUCCCAAUCAGGGCGAAGCGCCUCCGAUGUUGGGGCGACGCCCGUCGUUCGGCUCCAUGACAGGUAUGCGCCCGCGUGGCCUCCCGACAAGCUAUUCAAGUCACCAUCAGCCCUCACAUGCGCAAAUCGUCGACCAUGGUGCCGAAGAAGAUGACGAGGAGGAAGAGGUUGAGGAAGAGUACAGCGAGGAUGAGCAGGACGAGGAUGACUAUAGUGAUGAUGAGCCUUCAGAAGAACUGCACCGAUCCGACUACCCGGCAGACUUUUUUAAUUUCGGAAAUAGCCUGACUGUGCAGGGUAGGGACAGAUUCCCCAUUCUUCCGUCUUUUCUACAGAGUAUUCCCUCUCCGGGAACUAGCAAUAACGCUUAUGGCUCAUCUUCUUUAGGCGGGAUCCUAACCGUUGCCGACGACCUGCUGAAGAAUGACGGCAAAAAGUUCAUCGAAAUGAUGGAGCAACUCGCCGAGCGACGCAUGGCUCGCGAGGAGGAUGCGAGGGACCAGUUCGGUAGCCCCUUUUCUCACUCCACCGGCGACCGCAAUGCCCAUUAUCACCCCCCGGCCGAUGAUGAGGUAGACGACGAAGAAUACGACGAGGAUUACGAUGAUGACGAGGAGGAAGAGUACGACAGUCAAGAUGAAGAGGAAACCAUGACCGAGGAGCAGCGUAUGGAAGAAGGCCGCCGGAUGUUUCAGAUUUUUGCCGCCAGGAUGUUCGAGCAGCGGGUACUUACUGCGUACCGUGAAAAGGUCGCUAGGGAACGGCAAAACAUGCUGCUCGAGGAACUAGCCGACGAGAAAAGACGAAGCGAAGAACGCCUGGUCAAAAAGCAGAAGGAAGCCCAAAAGAAGAAGGAACGGCAGGCGAGGAAAAAAGAGCUUCAGGCUGAAGAGAAGGCACGCCGUGAAGAGGAAAAGAUGGCUGAGGAGAAAGCGAAGAAAGCCGAGGAGGACCGGCAAAAAGAACAGAGAAGGCAAAGAGAAGAGGAAAAGAGGAAACAGAAAGAGGCUCAAAAGAAGGCGGAGGAAGAGGAACGAAGGCGUAAGGAAGCUGAACGCCAACGACGCAAUCAUGAGCGGGAGGAGAACGAGCGCAAAGCGCGAGAGCUCAGAGAGCGGGAGAAGAAAGCACGCGAAGAAGCGCGUCUCAAAGAGAAGGAGGCCCGUGAACAAAAGGAACGUGAGGCAAGGGAACAAAAGGAGCGGCAGGAGCGCGAGAAGAGGGAAAGGGAGGCCAAAGCCAAGGCGGAGAUGGAGGCCGCGAAGGCGGCCAAGGAUAAGUCUAAGCAGGACGACCGAGCAGCGCAGAAGGCUGCGGCUCUCGCAACCACCGCGCCUGUGCCCAUCACUCUGCCCAAGAGGCCUGCUCAGCCGAUCCAAACUUCUGUGCCGGCUGCAGUACCAGCCUUACCUCAACAACCUGCAGCAUAUGCCUCGCCUGUCAUUCCCGUCGCCACCCCAGCGUUUCCAAAGGUGCCAGCCCCGGCUCAGAGUCGUCAAGUACACCAGCAAGAGAGUGUCACAACUUCUUCAGGACCAACAUCUCAGCCGGGAUCAGCCGCUAGCCAAAAUCCUUCUCCGCACACAUUAACACCAGUACUUACAAGUCCUGGUCCCAUAAAACCACACAGCAAGUCCGGGGUUGCUGUGAGCGGGACACAAAGCAGUGGGGUACAUUUACCGUCCCCCGCCCCUUCAACGACCGUCAACGCGGGUUCCAAACCACUUCAAUCCCAGGCAAAUCCCUUUGGCGGCCCCUCGAUGAACAUGCCAUUCCAACCAACUCCUCAGCCCCCGCCUGGUUUCAGCAACCACAUGCAACCCAAAUAUCCUCCUUUCUACAACCCUGCCAACAGUUAUAACAGAGUGGCACCGGGGAUGAUGGCGGCGCCACCGGGUUUUUCUGCGCCAUUAGGCGGGCGGGCAAUGUCGAUGCAUUCACCUGGAUUCCCCGGGCCCCUGGAUUCACCAGUGUCAAGCUUUGCCGGCUUGCCAGCUGGAUUGAGCUCACUGCUAGGCAAAGAUAACGUGCCGUCUCACACUCGUCAGGGUUCCGGUAGCUUCGAAAUCGGGCCUGUCGGCUCUUCAAGUCAGCCCAUCAGCCGGCCGACGCCCAUAGGAAGACCGGCCAGCGUGGUCCAUGGCCAGCGACGAUCACCCGAGUUCUCGACUAACGGAACCGAUCAGGCGGAACAAGAAGUACAUCUCGGAAGCAGUGCACUGCUCGAGCCUGAUGACACUCAGCAGGAUUUUCCUGCCCGGUCUCAUUUUGGUCUGCUUGGGACGUCUGCGCCCGGGGUUCGAUCUGCUCCUGGAUUUGGUGGGGGGCCGUUUGGGAUGGAAACCGGUUUUUCACUGCCACACCAGAACAGCCCGUGGAAUCCGGUACCUCCACUUCAACACAACCCAUUCGUGCCACCGCCUCCGGGGUUCCCGUCAUCGUCACAUCACGGACCAUGGAGCCAGGCGGCACCGCCAGGAAUCAUGGGCCGAACUCCAUCCAUCGUGGAGCGUAGUGCCCCGUGGUCUGUGACACUUCGCAAGUCGCUCUGUGCUGUAUGCGAAGAUCUCGGUGCUGGCGGUAGUUCGAGUUACGAUGGGUUCAUCCCGUUGGGGGAAAUCAUGGCCCAUAUGAAGCAGUUUACAGUGAACGAAAAAGAAGUUCUUGAUAUAUGCGAUACGGAAGGAAACCCAUCCAAUGGCGGGGGGAGUUUCAUUGUGCGGGACCCAUUGUCGCCAAGUGGAAGCCCGCUCAUUCGUUAUGUUCCGGACGAUGACGCUUCACGAGCUCCAUACGGCCCUAUCAAACAUCCCGGCGAUAUCGGCAGCCCGAUCGUCGGUUCAGGUUCAUUUAAUGUCGGAUCAUAG